AUGGAACUGCUUGAAAACAGUCAAAAGAAAAUACAGCUACGUGCACUACAGGUAGAAAGACGCAGAUUUGAGUUAGAAAUGGGCAAUUUUGAUAAAGCUAAACGAUGUAUUUCAGUAGAUAUGAGAAAAGCACAAACAGAAAUGAAACGGAGACUAAAACGUUAUAAAGAAAGACAGAAAGAGAUAUCCGUAACGCGUGGUGAACCAGAAAUAUAUGGGCAAUUUAUUACCAGACCCAAAACUGCAUCUAGUAGAAUGACGUCACGACCAACUACAUCCUCAUCAUACAUCAAACGUAUGGGGGAAUUCUUAGACGCAGACGAUUGUGAUCGACAGUUAGAUCCGACAUUUUUAACAGAUCGAACAAAAUCUAAAAUUGAUUUGCGACCAAGUUCGGCUUGGACAUUUCGAAACCAACCACGACCUGACACUCAAAAUUUAGAGUAUCGGCGUCUUGGAAUAUCUUUAAGAACUCAGAAUCUGGGAACUCCGGCAUCGCAAAUACGGUACUAUGACGACGAGGAGUUACAUGAACGUAAUCUAAUCUAUAGACAAAUAUUACAGCAACGCAAACAGAGAGAAAAAGAACAAUUUAAUAAAAUUGCCAUGAAAGUUGCAGACUUCUGUGAUGUGGGAAAGAAAUCUAUAAAUAAAAGCUUUAAAUGUUGUCUGCGUCUUGAUUGUGUUAUUGCGGCGAAAAAAACUAUUUCUGUCAGAAAAGUUGAUUUGCCCCGCCAGACCAAACCGUUCAUUAGCAACAAAGCGGUAUCUUUUAAUAUUAGUUGA